CUUGCUUCCUGGUCCUUUGAGAUGUGGUUCCACAGUUUUGCCACCCUUAUGCAGAUUCAGGCGGUUGUCCGCAGUAGCCUGUGAGCUGCCGGCACUGGCCGCUCAUCCUUUAUGGCACGGGGUACUUCUCCAAGGUCUGCUGCAGACAGGGAGGAGAUUUUUUUCGACUGAGGAAAGCGUGCGGUGCCUAGCCCUCCUAGGAGGAAGUAGGUGAAAGCUGUCAGGGUCGCACCGCCCUGGGGCUUGCGCCUGGACUUCGUCCCUCCCAGAUAUCCCAGCCAGCGAGCAGCUGCUCUGACCGCAGCCGGAGCCAAUGGCAAAAACCGCCCUGAAGCCCGGCCCCGCGGAAGGAACGGUUUCAGAGUUGUUUGUUUCUCUUUGAUAGAGGAGGGACUCUGCCUUGCUCUGGCUUUUACUCUGUGCGUGACCAGACAGCCUCCAGAAGCAGUUUAAGGCGAGGAAGGAGAACACCGGGCAGCCAGAAGGAUGAAGUAUCUGCUUGACUUUAUUCUGAUGCUGCCCUUGCUCAUCGUCUUCUGCAUCGAGUCUUUCAUCAAGCUUUUUGUUCCCAAGAAGAAAAAGUCAGUCUCCGGAGAGAUUGUCCUCAUCACUGGAGCUGGCCAUGGAAUUGGAAGACUGACUGCCUACGAAUUUGCCAAACUUAAAACCAAAUUGGUUCUCUGGGAUAUCAAUAAGAACGGCAUCGAGGAGACAGCUGCAAAGUGCAAGGAACUGGGUGCCCAGGCCCAUCCCUUCGUGGUGGACUGCAGCAAGCGGGAAGAGAUUUACAGCGCUGCAAAAAAGGUAAAGGAAGAAGUUGGAGAUGUCAGCAUUCUGGUAAAUAACGCGGGCGUUGUCUACUCUUCAGAUUUGUUUGCUACGCAAGAUGCUCAAAUUGAAAAGACUUUCCAAGUCAAUGUACUUGCACACUUUUGGACCACAAAGGCAUUUCUUCCAGAGAUGAUGAAGAACAAUCACGGCCAUAUUGUCACAGUGGCGUCGGCAGCUGGGCACACGGUGGUUCCCUUCUUGCUGGCUUACUGUUCUAGCAAGUUUGCCGCUGUUGGCUUCCACAGAGCCUUGACUGACGAGCUGGCCGCCCUGGGAAGAACCGGCGUCAAAACAUCGUGUCUCUGCCCUAACUUCAUCAACACCGGCUUCAUCAAGAACCCGAGUACCAAUUUAGGACCCAACCUGGAACCUGAAGAAGUGGUAGAACAUCUCAUGCAUGGGAUCCUCACUGAGAAGAAAAUGAUAUUUGUUCCAGGGACUAUAGCGUUUUUGAUGGUAUUGGAAAGGAUCCUUCCUGAGCGAUUCCUGGCAGUUUUAAAACACAAGAUCAAUAUUAAGUUUGAUGCAGUUAUUGGAUACAAAGAUAAAUGAUGAAGACGACCUGGUUUUCUUGAAAGCUGAUUUACCAGGCUCAAGUUGAUUUCUUCCAACAUUAAUCAAGAUUUUAAUGUUUUUAACUUUGGUUUUUCUCGAUAUCUUGCUUCUUCGCUGUCUCCUCUUGAAGUGUGACCUUGCUCAUGAAAGCCAGUUUCACAUCCUAGAACCAAGUGGCCUUAAGAGUUGCUCUGGCCGGGCGGUGGUGGCGCACGCCUUUAACCCCAGCACUCGGGAGGC